UUAGAUUUUCCUAUCGUCUUCCAUCUAGGGUUUGGGCUGCGCAUCUAGGGUUUUCAUUCAAAUUCCCAAAACCCCCUUCUUCUACCUUUGAACCCCUAAAUGGCGAUAUCCUUCACAGAUCUUCACACCGAAGCUGGUCUCAAGAGUCUUGAUGAAUUCCUGUCCGGGAAGACGUAUAUCUCCGGAGAUCAGAUAACUAAGGAUGACAUCAGAGUUUAUGCUGCUGUAACGGGGAAGCCUGGGGCUGGCUUUGCAAAUGCUGGCCGAUGGUAUGAAACUGUGUCAUCUGCUUUGUCUGCAAGAUUCCCUGGUGAGGCUGCUGGUGUAAAGAUUGGAAGCCAAGCUACGCCACCAGCUCCUUCUGAUGUUUCUGCUACUGAAGAAAAAAAGCAGGAAGCUCCAGCUGCAGCUGCUGCUGUUGAAGAUGAUGACGACGACGACUUGGAUCUUUUUGGUGAUGAAACAGAAGACGAGAAGAAAGCCGCGGCUGACCGAGAAGCAUCUAAGGCCUCUACCAAAAAGAAAGAGAGUGGGAAAUCCUCAGUCCUAUUGGAUGUCAAGCCAUGGGAUGAUGAAACUGAUAUGGUAAAUCUGGAGAAGGCAGUGCGCAGUGUACAAAUGGAAGGACUUUUCUGGGGUGCAUCUAAGUUGGUUCCAGUUGGAUAUGGGAUAAAGAAGCUUCAGAUCAUGCUAACAAUUGUUGAUGAUUUAGUCUCAGUUGAUUCUCUUAUUGAAGAACACCUCACUGUGGAGCCUUGCAACGAGUUCAUCCAGAGCUGUGAUAUUGUGGCAUUCAACAAAAUCUAAGAUGUCUUGGAAUCACUUUGUAUGUUUUUGGGCAGAUUUCUCAGACUUUUUUGGUGAGUUUGAGUGAUAUUUAUAUGAUAUGUUCUUGAAUAUUCCAAGAUGGAUGUUUUGUGCUGUUGUUAGUUUGGUCUUUUUCUCUUUUUUUGAAAUGUUGAGGAUUAUUGUUCUUAAUUUAUGAGGCAUGUGUAUUUUUCCAAUACUCAUUAAGCAAUGAUUUCACUUAUUUUCCUGCUAA